AUGGCAAGAAAGAAGCCACAGCUGAUCUUACCCAAGUAUGAGAUGACUGAAAGAGAGCUCCCAGGAUAUAUACCUGGCUGUGCCGGUAGUCAGCAAGGUACUUCUAGAAGUUCAGGGAGUUGUGCAGGCAUAAACGUCAGCCCAGUGGACCAUGCAGUUCAGACCUAUGUUGUUCAAGGGUCCACUGUAUUAGGUUCUAUGGAGAAGACAAGAAAGAAAGAGCUGUUUUGUGACAGUAAAAAGGUGGUGCAUGCCACAGAAGGGCUGGAUUGGGAAGACAAAGAUGCUGCGGGGACACUGGUGGGAAACGUGGUACACUCAAGGAUCAUCAAUCCUCUGCGCCUGUUUGUUAAACAGUCUCCAGUCCCCAAGCCCGGACACUUGGCGUAUGCAGACAGCUUGGAAAACUUUUGGGAUUGGCUGGCCAAUAUCACGGAGGUUCAGGAGCCCUUGGCAAGAACUAAACGGAGGCCAAUAGUGAAAACGGGAAAAUUUAAGAAAAUGUUUGGAUGGGGCGACUUCCAUUCCAACAUUAAAACUGUUAAGCUCAACCUCCUCAUCACGGGGAAAAUCGUUGACCAUGGAAAUGGAACCUUCAGUGUUUAUUUCCGACAUAAUUCCACAGGCCUGGGCAAUGUUUCAGUGAGUUUGGUACCCCCCUCCAAAGUGGUGGAAUUUGAAGUUUCCCCACAGUCUACCUUGGAGACCAAGGAAUCCAAAUCUUUCAAUUGUCGCAUUGAGUAUGAAAAAACAGAUCGGGCGAAGAAGACUGCCCUGUGCAACUUCGACCCGUCCAAGAUCUGCUACCAGGAGCAGACUCAGAGCCACGUUUCCUGGUUGUGUUCCAAGCCCUUCAAGGUCAUUUGCAUCUACAUUGCCUUUUACAGUGUUGAUUAUAAACUUGUGCAAAAGGUCUGUCCUGACUACAAUUACCAUAGUGAGACUCCAUACUUAUCUUCUGGCUGA